GACAAGGCGUGGCUUUGUUGAUUUCGCGCGAAUUUCCUUUCUUCUUCCUGUGGAAGGUUAUUAUGACCGGAAAUCUUCGGUGGAUGGCCAGUAUUUAUACGCUGACUGACUGCAGAGAACGGUAGCUUGGGCUUUAUAUCGCGGCUCCUGGUCCCACCUCAAGCGGCAGCAUCAUGUCUCAAGCCCGGGUCACAGACUUCUUUUCCCAAAGAAAGAAAGGUGUCGCCGCUCCGGUAAAACCAACGAGGCAGCGCAACGGCCGCGGUUCAUCGGAGUCCAGCACCAAAGUCGCCGGCACGAGGUCGGGAUCCUCCGAAGGCAAAGGCGGGUUCCUCUACUCGUCCACCGUCCAUGAGGAGUUUGUCCGGGUCAUCGACGAGGCGGUGGAGCUCAACAGUGGCGUCUGCACUACUCGCAGCACCGCGAAAGACCCCUCCGGGCCACUCACCCCGAAGCGAGCCUCGGCCGAAACCCAGUUCGACCUCGGAGCCGCCGUGUUCUCAGCCACUGCGAGCCACAGCACGGCCAAGAAGAGACGGCAGGAGGCCGCCCCGGACGCUGCAGGCAAAGUCCCGGAGAAAACGACGAGGACGAAGGCUAGGAAGAAGCUGGUCCUCCACCAGAACUCUCCACAGGUCCAUACUGAUGCUGUAGUCAGGUCCCAGUCCGGAGAGGAGACCCAGCAGCACCCUGGUUCUGAUGACCAGCUUCACCUCCAAACCAACAACAGUCAGAAAGCCAAAGGGCCGGAGAGCCAGGCUUUGUGUAAAGAUGACCUUGCAGCCCUCAAGUCUCGCCUUCAGAAGAUCAAGAAACGGGCAGAGGAGCGGGCCAGCGCGCCGCCCCCACCUUCCACAUCCCCGUCUGCAGACGGUCCAGCUCCUCACAAGGCGUCUCCGCCUGUCCCCCAAACCGCCGAUGCAACCGCCCUCAAGUUGACCGUCGCACGCGCCAAAGAGCUGGCCGCUAAGGCGCAGCAGAGGAAGCAGGAGAGCGAGGCCACGGCGAGGGAGCCCGACGCCCACGACAGUGCGGAGCAGCCAGCAUACCAGCGGUACCACACACUCGCCCAGGCGGCCCCCCCAGGCCUUUCCCUGCCCUUCCAGUACAAGGUGCUGGCAGAGAUGUUCAGGAGCAUGGACACUGUGGUCGCCAUGCUGCACAACCGCUGUGAGACCGCCACUUUUGCCAAGAUCAAACAGGGAGUUCAGGACAUGAUGCACAAGCGCUUUGAGGAGAGCCACGUUGGUCAGAUAAAGACCGUGUUCCCUGAGGCCUACACGUUUAGACAGGAGAAGAACGUCCCCACGUUUAACAGCAGCAUUAAGAAGGGCCGCUGCCAGCUCACCGUGGAGCCCGUCCUAUUGGGCUGCACCGGCGCUCGUCCUGUCCUGUCGGCCUCUUGCCUCCUGGAGAGAAGACAAGUCUUCCAUCUGAAUCUGGUCUCCAUCGUCAAAGAGCACCACAAGGUCUUCCUGUCCUUGUUAGUUCCUCCAGUGUCUGUUCCAGAAGACAAACUGACCCGCUGGCAUCCUCGCUUUAACGUGGACUCCGUGCCAGCCGUCCCCACCAGCUCGCUGCCGCAGCCUCCUGACACGGACAAGGUGUCCACUGCUCAGGAGGUGCUUGAAAAGGCCCGCUUGCUCAUCACACCCAAGAUGGAGAAGGCUCUGGUUUCUCUAGCUCAGAAGACCAAGGAUGCACCUGCAGAGAGUACAGAGUCUCCCAAAGCCCCCGCUGCAUCAAACGCCCCAGCAGCGCCGGUCCCAACGGCCCUGAAGGGAGUGUCCCAAUCACUGCUUGACCGGAUUCGUGCAAAAGAGGCCCAGAAGCUGCAGGCAGCAAUGACACGGAACCCCAAACAAGAGGAGCGUCUGCUGAUGAUGUCACGGCUUCCAGAGCUGGUCAGGAUUCUCCGGAACGUCUUUGUUGCUGAGAAGAAGCAGUCUUUGAUUAUGGAAGUGGCCUGUAGCCGGACGGUGGCCAGCUACAGGUCUGCUCUCAGUACAGGUGAAGUGGAGAAGCACAUCCGGCUGCUGGCAGAAGUGGCUGCUGAUUGGCUAACUAUUCAUCCAAUAAGAAAGGACUUCUACCUGAAGCUGAACAAGAACAUGGAGCUCAGCAUCGUCCUGAAGAAACUGAGCAGCAGACUGGAAGAGGAGGAGAGGAUGUGACAAAGUGGCUCCUCUGUGACUACUGGGGCCCUUGAUGGGACACGCGGGGCCUCUUUUAAAGUGCAAUAUUUUUUUUAUAGAUUCCACUGGUUUGUGGACAGUUGGCGGUUUUAUUGUGCGCUGUGUUAAAAGCCUGCCAGAAGUAGUUCCUGAUGGAUCCAGCACCAUGUGGCCCCUCACAUUUCUGACAUGGAUCUUUGUUUUUCCUCUAUGAUGUGAUGUCAAUAUCAACCUCAACUUCUGGUCUUCUAGGGGUCAAUUUUCUACAAUGUAGAACUGAUGACUGUUUACAUUUUUGAGGUCACUGUUACCCAGAAGCUUGCAUCAAUCAACGGUCUUCUUCCUCCACUUAUUAAAUAUUGUUAAUCAAUCUGGCAGCUGGUGAUACUCAUCCUGUGCUUAAAGUGGUAGUGAGGAACAACUUUUAGCAUCUUUCCAUAACUAACCAGAUCUUGAGCUGUCUGCUUGUGCAAGACAAAGCAGUUUGAGAUUUCCUUUCAAAACUAUUUACAGGUUUGUCUCAAUACCAUAAACUGGAAACACAGAAUAUCAAAUAAAAUCUGAAAAGAAUUGGAUUAGAAAGUCUGUUCCUGUGUAAUCCUUUCCUCUAGCACUAUUAUGAGGUUGGCUGUUAUGGUUUGAUGCAUCGCUGUAACUAAUGAACAUCACGAGUACCUAAGUGGUAAAAAACAGCAGUCCAACAUUACUGACCAGAUCAAUUCCUGUUUUUGGUAGAAAUUAUAUUUCUACAUCGCAAAUAAUGUACUAAAGCAAUUUAAAACCAAUCAUGACAUGCUGCUCGUUCUGUGAGGUAAUUCAUAGUCGCUGUGGAGCACAACCAGUGAGCUCAUUCAGUGGAAGACAUUGGUUAAAGAACGUUGUGUAUUGUUGAUGUGGAGGGGAAAGGUGCAGACAGUAAUCUCUUGCUUUAAAACUAGAAAAACCUGGAAUGGAUUACAGACUUGGUCUAAAGUUACACGAGUACUGUAACUAUUAGAAAAGGUCUCUCUGAAGCCCUCACAAUGUGCCAAAGAGACCUUCCCUGUGUCUCAGUUCCUUAAGGAUGCAUACGUCAAUUUGGCUGCUACGUUUGCACUUAUAAACAGAAAUGGAUCAAAAUGAGGUCGAUUAGACAAGUCAUGAACCUGAAAUAUC